AUGUCGACAUCAAAGCAGUUGCUCAACCUAUUCAAUACAGUCAAGGCUAAGCCAAACCCUAUUGUUGUGUUUGGUGUUGGUAACUAUGGCACAAUUGCAAGCCGCAACAGUAUUGGAGCAAGGACAGUGGACUAUUUGGCAAACAACUUAAAGAUGGAUUGGAUCAACUUCAAGGACUGCAGCACAAUGUUGUCGUACUCACCAGAGAAUCACUUGCUGCUCGUCAAGCCAGACACUUAUCUCGUCAAGGACAACUUUGAGGUGCUGAGCAGGAUCGUGCGUCUCAUGCCCAACAUCAAGUCCAACACAUUCUUGGCCAUCCACUAUGAGCAUCUCUUCAAGCUGGGUGUUGUCGAGCGUAUCAAGGGAGGUCGUACCAAGCACAACCCCGGCCUUGCCGGCAUCACCUCUGUCUUCCAGACCGAGCAGUACUAUCGCGUCUCUAUGGGCAUCAAUCAUCCCAUCGACCAGAUCACCUUUGAGCAGACAUUGUACUCGAUGGGCAGCGUGUAUGGCGACCUGCAAACACCCUUCCUGCUCAACCGUUUCCCAGAUGUUCAGUUGGAGCUCGUCGACAAGGUCGUCGUGCCCUACGCAGCCAACGAAGUGCUGACAGCUGUGCUCGAGAUGAAGCAGCUCUCUGAGGACAAGAAGGAGAUCGACGAAUACAACCUCUACCGCUUCAAGUCACCGCGUGUCGAGAGGAAGAACAUCGAGAUGGCUUAG